CUGGAGCGUGCAGGUUACCAUAGCGCCGCACUCUCCUUCCGGGAUGGAGUGUUGGUCUGCAGCAGUUACCCGGUGACCUAUAACGCACAGCCCCGCACACAGGCUCACAGCCCGCACCGCCGCCAGGUCUGGACUACUUUGUCUUAUUGGGGGCUGUAAAAUGGCUGCUGUAGAAAAUGAGUUUCUUCGAGAUCAAGUGAAAAUAUUAAGAGAAGAACUAAAACGUUACGAGGAGAAAAACAUUUCUGGUCACACUGGGCUCCAAACUCAUGAACCAUUAAGGGAUAAUGAGACUGCAGCAUCAAGUGUAACGGAGAGAAGAAAUGUAAAUUUUCUGAUUGGAGAAUUUGAUAAACAAAGUGAAGAAAUGAGCGAGCAACUCCAUUUUUAUCAGGCACAAAUGGGUGACAUGAGAUUAAAGCUAGAAAGCAUUGUUAAAGAAAAUGAGAAGCUUCAUGAACAAUUAAAAGAGUCUCUGGAGAGACAGCUAGAAUCUCUCCCUACUGAUGCGGCCUUGGCCAGCGAUGUACUUACAGAACACGAACUGAUUAAAAACCUACAUGAACAAUUGCAACUCGCAAAUCAAGAGAAGGAUCAUGCCGUAGAGCUGUCGCAGACUGUUGCACAGGAAUUGGAUCGCCUGCAGCAGCUGUACCAGGAGAAUAUGACUAAUGCACACAUACAUGUGGCAGAAAGACAAAAACAAAAGGAACACAUAGCAAAUCUUCAACAGCUAACUAAACAACUUCACGGAGCUCAUGAAAAAGUGGAACUGACAAAUCAGCAGUUCCUACGUACCGUGAAUGAACAACAAAAAGAAACUGAACAACUUCAAAAGCAGCUGAGGCAAGCAAAAGUGGACUUAAAAGUAGCAGCUUUGAAAGUUGAAGAAAUGGCCAAAGUUAUGGAAACUCUGGAAGGCCUGGUAAAGAGAAAGGAAGAAGAGGUGUUGACAGCCCGAGGCAAGGAAGGAGCGUCAGACAAACGUGUGCAACAGCUUCAGACAGCAGUAAUGCAAUUAGAAACCAGGCUGAGAGCGGCAAUGCAAAAUGGUGAAGACUUAAAAGGAGAAAAGCUGCAAUUAGAGAAACACAUUGGGGAGCUCCAGGCAAAUUUGUCAGAGUUGGAAGGAGAGAAAUAUGAAGCUUUUUCCAGAGUGCGUGACAGUAUGCAGAUUGUAGAAGAAGCCAAUCUACACAAAGACCAGGCACUUCUUAGAGAAAAGCAAAAGCAGGAAGAGAUUGAAAAUAUGAAGCAAGCAAUAGCUAGGAUAAUUCAAGAAGCUGCUACAAGAACACGAAAAGAGGUUGAAAAUGUGAAAAAACUUUAUAAUGUGCAAAUUUCACGUUUAACUGAUGACCUCUCAGCCCUGCAAAUGGAAAGUGGAGGGAAACAGAGCCUUGUUGAGCGUGCCUUAAGAGAGAAGCGGGCUGCAGAGGAAGAGCUGGAAAAGGUGUAUCGAGAAGGCCGGGUGAAUGAGAGAGAUUAUAGGAAGCAGGAGGAAUUACAGCAGCGAUGUCUGAUAGCUGAACGCAGUAAAGAUGACCUCAAGAUAAAUCUGAGUGUAGUGCAAAAGAAAAUGAAACAGUUGGAACUAAACUUUGAAGAGGAGCUGUCAAGGUGCAGUGAAACUAAUCAGAAGCUGAAUGAGGUUUUGGAGUCGGAAAGAAAGGAGAGCAGUUCUGUGAGUGAGGAAAGACUGAAACUUGUGCAGGAAAAUGAACAUUUACGGAAAGAGGUAGAAGAAUGGAAAAAAUCUGCCACAGAGGCACAGCAAAAAGUCAGAUUUCAGCUAAGCACUAUGGCACAUGAAUUUUCGGUGAAGGAGCAAGGUUUUGAAGUGCAGUUGCAAGAGAUGGAAGACAGUUGUCGAAAGUCUAUAGAAGAAUUAAUGAAGUUGCUUAUGGCUCAACAGAAAACCAGCUAUAAAUGGAAGGAAGAGACAACCAACCUAACAAAAAGCACAGAGAACAGGAUAAAGAAACUGCGAAGUCUGUUAAAUGAAGAGAAACACCGCAAUCAAGAGUUACUCUCUCAGCUAGAAAGCACCCAUGAGAAAAAUGUAGAGCUUGAAAACCUGAUAGCAGAUUCACAGGAAAAAAGCAAAAGACUACAGAAACGCCUGGACCAAGCAGAAGAGCGCUCGGUGGAAGCAUCAAAGCAGCUCAGCCGUGUUGUUUCCCAGAGGAGAAAAGCAGCUCAUGAACUGGACACUUGAAAAUAUCUGCACAUAAAUGUACUACUGUUAUACCUGGGGCUGCGUAGCGUGCGUUACAAAGAUGGGAGACCAUAAGCAUUAAUGGCUUCUGCAGUGCACUGGACAAACCUUUGAUUUGUGAAUAACAGACAUGUUUUUAUAAGAGAACAAAAGGAUGUCACAGACUUAUAUUUGUAUGUUUAUCUUUCCUGAAAUAACUUGUUUUGUAAAAUUAAAUCAUUUGUUAUACAUUUUU